CGGCGGCGGCGGCUGAGGCCGGUGACGUCUGCCCAUCAGCCAUGGCCUUGAUCGAGGGUGUGGGGGACGAAGUGACCAUCCUCUUCGGGGUCCUGCUGGCGCUCGUGGUGUUGAUUCUUGCCUGGUUCUCGACACACACUGUGGAGCGGGGCGACCCGCUCUUUGCUGCUUCCCCCCCUCUGGCCACGGGCCAGCUGCAGGAAGAGGGCCCGCAGGAGGAGCGGCCAAGCGUGCCAGUCUCCGGAGUGCGGCAGGUCAAGGAAGAAGGGGAGCCUUCCUCGGGGGCCAUCCCCGAUGGGCCUGGCAGCGUGUCUGGAGACCUGCCGCGGCACAGGACCGCUCCCAGCCCCCCGCAGCCUCACUUGCUGCCCCCGGCAGGCCCAAGUGCUGAAUCCCCUCUGGCAGAUGACGCCAUUGUCUUGCGGCUGAAGUUCUUGAACGACACGGAGCGCCUGGCCCGGGUCCGUCCUGAGGACACGGUCGGCACCUUGAAGAGGGCCCAUUUCCCAGGCCAGGAGCAGCUGGUGCGCCUCAUCUACCAGGGACAGCUGCUUCGGGACGACUCUCAGACGCUGGCCGCCCUGCACCUCACCCACAACAGUGUGGUGCACUGCCACAUCUCUCAGCACAGGCCGGCCCCUGUGCCUGCCGGCGGUCACGGCAAUGCUGCCAACGUGGACGCGGCACACGCAGCCCUCAAUGUGGGCAGCCUGAUGGUGCCGCUGUUCGUGUUGAUGCUGGGUGCCCUCUGGUACUUCCAGCUGCAGUACCGCCACGUUUUCACGGCCACGGCCACCACCUGCCUGGCAGGCCUCACCCUCGUCUUCAGCUUCGUGGCCUUUGCGGUGUACCGCAGAUAACACCCAUCCCGGUGUCGUUGGGCCGACGGUUGGCUUGGACUUUGUGCUGGCCUGCAAGAGCCGGGUGGCGCCUGCCUUUGACGAGAGCCGGGGAAGAAGAAGCCGCCCCUACAGCAGGCCCGCUGAUGCUGCCCAACACCAGGACUUUGGGCUGCUGCUCUGACUGGCCCCCAGCCGCCCAAAAGUCAACCGUCUGUCUCAGGGCUGCUCUUCGCUGCUCUUCACACCUCUUCCUCGGGGAGGCUUAGGCUGGCUCCUGCCUGCAGCAUCUGGUCCAGCACUCCUGAUGCCCGAGUGGGUGCGGUCUGCUUGCAUGUACCUCAAAACCUCUGCCAAUGAAGUGGACGUGGGGGGUGGGGAGGGCGGCAUCUUCCCCUCGCCAGAGCCAGAGGUCUAAUCCCAGUUGCUUGUGUUGCCUAGAUGGAGAUUGUGUGUGUCCGGGGGGUUCCUCCUGGGGAGCCUCAAUGGUGCCUGAGCUGCCGGGCAUGGCUGA